AUGUCGUCCAAAUCCCAUCCAAAGCACCCUUUUCUCCCCACCGAGAGCUCGACCUCCGCGCGCCACAGUUUCAACUCGCACCGCUUCGCCGCUGAAUCCAGCAUGAUGAAUACCCACGCUCAGACGCUCCUGAAAGCCGGCACAAUCGACUCAGCCAUGGCCACCCAGCUCUCGCAACCCUGGCAUAGAACUGGCGAGGUGCGCGUGCAGUACAGCAAGGACUAUCUGCAAAUGCAUCCGGACUACACGGGCGAGAACGCGCACGAGAUGCCCACACUCAAUUGGGCGAUGAGGAAGCAACGCGAGAGGGAUAGGAAGGCGAAGGAGUGGCUUGAGAGAUAUUUCAGUGAAGGAGCAGACGGAAGAGAGGUUGAUGAGGAGAGAAAGGAAGAGCAUAAGGACAAGAAUGCUGUCGAAGAACAACAAGAGGAGUGGGAGACGGAGACGGCGACGGCGACGAGCAGCGCAAAUGCCCCGUCCUCGCCAGGCAUUCGACGCACGGCGCAAUCCUCCCACCUCCUCCCCCAUCCGCCUCUCAAGCCCACCUCCCUCGUCGCCUCCGCAACACCGCCCACAAAACCAAUCCCCCAACGCCAAACCCAACAACACAUCACACUCCAGCAGGUCAGACUCUUCACAACCUACCCCCAAACGAAGAGUUAUGUACAUGGUGUACCGGAGGAGGAUGGUAGUAGUGGGGAGGAUGGGAAAGAUGGAGGGAAGCAGGGCGGCAGUGGUACUGACAGUGAGGUUCAAGAGAAGAAGGUUGGGAGUGAGGAGGCGUUUGAGGAUUUCACGUGGAAGAAAGGUGGGAAGAGGAAGAGGGAUGAUGAUGAGGGAGACGGAAAGGAUGGCGAGGCAAAGAAAGUGAAGCUGACGGAAUGA